UGAACAUCCUUCAAGUUGUCUAUAUGCGAGUAGAGCUUGAGGAUUUCUAUCCUUAUGGACCUGACAAUGGAGAUCUUCAGGCACCGAUCAAUGAUGAUGGUAGUACUGGUCGUAUAAAUAUUGGAUUUUCGUUUCCUUUUUUCGACGACGAUCACGAUUCCUUGUUUGUAAACACGAAUGGUGUGAUUUCUUUUCUUCGCGAGGUGUCGCAGUACACACCUGAUCCUUUUCCACUCUCAAAUAACCGUCGUCUGGUCGCGCCAUUCUGGGCAGACGUGGAUACAAGAAAAGGCGGCGUUGUUUACUACAGAGAAACUCAAGACUUUUCUAUUCGCACACGAAUCUCUGAGGAAAUAAGGAAUUUUUUCGUCCGCCAAAGAGGUUUUUUAGCAAAAUGGGCUCUGAUAGUGACUUGGUUGAACGUUGCUCGCUUCGGAGGACCAUCCUCCCCGAAUAACACAUUUCAGACUAUAUUGGCAACAGACGGUGUCAGCUCGUUUUCAAUAUUUCUCUAUAAUAAAAUCACAUGGACUUUUGGUUCUGCAAGCGACAAUACAGCAGCCCAGGCUGGUUUCAAUGCAGGUGACGGUAUUCGAUAUUUUAAUAUCCCAAAUUCUCGCACUCCCGCCAUUAUCAACAUUGCCUCGACAUCAAAUUGUCAAGUGCCAGGGAAAUGGAUCUUCAAGAUCGACGGGGAUGAAGUUGUGGAUAAUGGUUGCACAUCAGAUGGCGAUUUGGAACUUUCGCCCAGAUCAGGGAUUGAAUUGGGAGGUACUAAAGUGUUUAUUGGAGGUCCAUGUUAUAAUCCUGGUGAUGAGAUUGUGUGUCGAUUUAACAAGACUAUUAACACAACUGGUGUGAUUGUCAGCUCUAAACUUGCGUACUGCAUCACUCCUCCAUUAUAUAAAAUGUAUGGUCGUAUGCCAAUGGAUGUUUCACUAGAUGGUGGCAUAACGUUCAAUCAUACUGGUAUAUUUAGAUCAAUUCCCUUGGCUAGAAAUCCUCCGGACAUAAAAGGACUGGAAGUUGAAAAUUGGGCAAACUCCACGAAAACUAUCUUGACAUGGAACCCGAGUGCAGUCAACUCUACGUACGUUGACAUCGAAAUAUCUGCAUUUGACGCUUUCAAAUUUUUGCUUCAUGAUGUUAGUUUGGCUAGCUUUAAAGAAGUUCUUAAUUCUGGCAGUUACCAUCUUGAUUUCAGCGCACAUGUCUUCUCGACGAGAAGGCGGCGAAGAAGUGUGAAUACAGCCUCACCAAUUGCAAUUGUUAAAAUAACCCCAUCGGCACCCAGAGUCAAACGAUUUGGCGUCACUCCUAAAAACGCGAUAUUCAGCAGUGUUUUUCUAAUUACAUGGCAGAUAUUUAAUGAUAUCGAAUGUUGGCAUUGGUCAGAAUUUGAAAAUAGUACAGAAAUCGCAAAACUGCAAGAGGAGCUGAUUCCAUGUCCAACCAGUUUUCGACAAAUGUUGGCUGAUUCUGGUCAGUUUAUCCGAGAUUCUGGGAUUAAACGAAUGCUAAGCGCAUAUAUCUAUCAUCGCGGUAGUUCAACAUGUUUUCGCUCCAGAAACCCAAGUCCAUCAGGUGCCGGUCAACAAUGUUGUUAUAAUAGUGCAGGUUCAUUGGUCGUGGGAUCGCCAGGCGGUGGUUCUUUCGAUAAGAAAUCACCGGAUGAGGAUUUCUGGGGGCAUAUGGGACUCGAUGUCCUUCCUUGGUUUGCUUGCUGUGGAUUCAGUGAAAACUGCAAAAAAUAUUUUGAGAAACGACCAUCUGAUGAUGGAAAGCGAUAUGUUCCUCCGCCAAUUGCGGAUACAAGAGGGGAUCCACACUUAUCCACGUUUGAUGGCACAUUCUACACAUUCAAUGGUUACGGUGAAUAUAUUCUUCUACAUGUGAACAAUGGCACUGAUUUUGAGUUUCAAGGAAGAAUGAAUCCCAUCACUGACAAUCAAGGAAGCACGACAAAGGCAACAGCGCUUACAGCAUUAGUUGCCAAAGCAGCUGAAAGUGAUACGGUACAGAUCGAGUAUAACAAGCGGAGAAAGAUAGAUGUUCUUGUCAACGGUGAUCGAGCAGAAUUUGACGAAGAAUCAAGAUUAGAUUAUACAGGAGUAUUUGUUGUUAAACAGAACCAAUCAAAGAUAGGCGUCUACUUCGCUUCAGGGGAAUCUCUCCAUAUCACAGUUGUUGAAGAGUUUUUAACCUACCAAAUAUCAAUUCCAGUCAGAUACAAAGGAAAAACAGCUGGUCUUCUGGGAUUUUGGGAUGACAGCAAGGAUCAAGAAUUCUUGUUGCCCAACGGAAUUUUCAUUCCUACGAACUCAACCUCGCAAACCAUUCACAAUGAAUUUGGUCAGAAAUGGAUUGCUACCCAAGAAAACACUCUGUUCACUUACCAUUCUGGGAAGAGUUAUUCCAGUUUUGUCAACCUCGGCUUCACUCCUGUCUUUUUGGAUGACACGUCGUCGCUGUUCUCCAAUUCCACAUUCGAAGCGGAAGCCAGGAACCUUUGUGGCGGAAAUAAAGAAUGUAUCUUUGAUGUUGCAGUGACUGGAAAGACAAGUGUUGGUGAAGCUACUUUAGAAUAUUUUAAUGAACUAAUGCAAAGAACAAAUAACUCACGAAUCGUUGCUAUUCCUAUCUUCUUCGGUUGUGAUGGUGUUGAGAAUAGUAUGAAACAAACAGAUUCUUGUGGUGUUUGUGAUGGUGAUAACUCAACCUGUACAGACUGUGAUGGGAAUAUCAGACCGGGUUUUGUUAACAACGGAACGUGUGCCGGCUUUCACGAUGGUUGGAGUGAGUGGAGUGCUUGCUUCAAGAGCGGUGACGGGAAAAUAAGAACACGAAACCAAACCUGCUCUGUCAAAGGACGUUGUGGUCAUUUGGCUGAAAAUAUACAACGCCAAACGUGCAAUGAUGAGAAUGAUGCAGGCUUUUAUGAUGGUUGGAGUGAGUGGAGUGCUUGCUUCAAGAACGGUGACGGGAAAAUAAGAACCCGAAACCAAACCUGCUCUGUAAAGGGACGUUGUGGUCAUUUGGCUGAAAAUAUACAACGCGAAAACUGCGAUGAGGAAGAUGAUGCUGAAAGCAGAUCUUCGGUGUUUUAUUUUCUUGCUAUUGGAGUGCCUAUGCUUGUUCUCUUUCUCAUGGUAUCGGCCGUGGGGUUGUUUUACUGGUCGUUCAAGAAGAGGCAAGAAACAGCUGGCAAACCUGGUGGUGAAAUCGAUGCUAACACGUAUAUGAUGAGCUAGAUGAGGUUAGCCUUGCAGUGAAAUACAGGAUUGAAGCAUUAAAGUUCUUCUAUUCGAGUUUAAUAGACGUAAUCAAAAUAUAUCCAAACAAUACUUAGAUAAAGUUUCUAAAACAUCCUGUUCCGUGCCAUUAGUUUCCUUUCGACCUUUCGGUCCUUUCCGGUAACACAACACAACUAAGAACCACCUUAAAUGAAAUUGACAAUCACAACACGUCACAGUCUUACACAACCUGAGCUAGGACAGGCUCAUUUGAGUUUUGUACAAAGAUGCAAAACAAUCUCUUCAACAAAUGCAUUAAAACGUUUCUCAUUUCUCUUUUAAUCGUAAGAUGCAUGUUGAAAUAAUCGUCAAGCCGAAUACGAGCCUAAUUAACACUAUACCGGCUAAUUGGAUUGUACACCGAUUUAUCGUUUAAAAUAAAAAAAAAUUGAGGAAGGGAUUUUUGCUUCAUCGAACAUAGCUAAGGGCGGAUUCCACUUGCAGAGAAAUAGGUCGCCAGCGAAAUAUUUGCAUAUUUUCUUUAGAAU